AAUCCAAACUGAAAAUUUUGUUCUCUUUGAAUUGGAUCGGUUUGGAUUCGAUUGAAAAUUUCUUUUUGGCUUCAUGUCGGAUUGUUUGCAUGAUGCGAAUUGCUUGCAAUUUUAUAUUUUAUAUUUAGUAUGUUGGUUGAUUUAAAAAAUCAAGCUAGUUUACAUUUCAAGCAGGUUACACCGGCAGGAAAAAUGGAUAGCUAAAAAUGAAAAUUUCUUUUUGGCUUCAUGUCAGAUUCUUAUUCAUUGUUUCUUCCCUUCUGCAGGCUUGGACUGUGGCUGGAAGCAGCGAAGGGAUGGCAAAUCAUUUUUACGAACUUGUACCUGACAUGGCACUUGAUUUUCCAUUCGAACUGGAUAAGUUCCAAAAGGAGGUUGCUGCAACUCCCAUGGCAAUUUCACCAGUGAAAUCUGCGAAGAAGGGAAAGAGGCAUCCAGAGGAGUUUAUUAAGAAACAAUCUGCUACCAAAAAGCUUAAGAGAGAAGUAGAGGAAGUAGUCGAGAAGCAGAAGAGUGGCAAGAAGUUAAAAGCUUCUUUUGAGGUGGCACCAAAGAAGAAGCCUGAAACCAGCAGUUUCGAGGAUGUAUCUUCGUCUGAGGCGGAAAAAGAGGUUUGCUCGAUUGAAGCAGAUCGUGUUUUCCUUUAUGCCAAUGUAGAUGUUCUAUGCCCUACAAAUUCAAUAAGUUAGCAACAGCUUGCGAUUUGGUAUUUUGUGGCAUGAAACAAACAUUGUAUUUGAUUGAAUGAAUGAAUGAUUGACUAUGCACA